GGCGAUGAUGGGUAGUGUAUUUUUUAAACAGUGGGCUUUGGCGUAGUGCGCAGCAGUGGACUACGCCGACCACUAUAACAUAAUGUUAAGUAAAGCGUGAUGGCGGUUAAAAUGGUCGUCUCUGCCUGAAAGCAGUGUGGACUUAGUCUUUAGUCGGGAGACACGGGCAGUUUAUCAAACUGACCGUGUUCAGGUGCGGACAUGGCGGAAGCUGGCCGCUUCUACAGUGAGCAUGAUGACCGUGUGGGUGGCCCUCAGUUCCGUAAUCGCAAGGGUCGUGGACCCUUCAGAGGUCACAUGCCCAGCCAGCCAGUACGUCAGCGGCUCCGGGGUGGUCCUGUGGGAGGCUUUGGCGCUGGACCCCGCAGCAGGCUUGAGGAUGAAGAUGGUGAUGUGACUAUGAGUGAUGGCCAAGAUGGGGUGUCCCAGCGGAGAUUUAAUCCUUAUGGAAGGCCAAACCGAAGAGAUGGCAGAUUUGAUCGAGACAAAAGAGGAGGUGGAGGGGGAUUCAUGGGAUACAGGUCAGCAGGAGGAAGUGGAGCAAUGGGGGAUGCAACAAGACUAGGUGGAGGAACAAACUCAGAAAAGUCCAGAAGUUGGUUCAAAAUAACGAUACCGUAUGGCAAGAAAUAUGAUAAGAAGUGGCUUCUUACUGCACUGCAGAAUCUCUGCCCUUUACCUUUUAGUCCAAUACACUACUCCACAGAGGGGCAGAAAGUGCAGUUCUACUUAGAUGAUGCCACCUCUGCUAAUGCCCUGUGCAAACUCACUCGCAGGAUCACAGAUACUGAAGGAUAUAAGGUGGUUGUGUUCAUGAACCCCUGCCCACCUCCUUCCUUCCUCCAGAGUGACCUUAAAGAGCAGGACCUGGAGCACUUAAAACAAUGCAUGUCCAAGCGUUUUGAUCGCUCCAAGCAGUAUCUCAAUCUGAACAGCAUUCGCACCGAUCCAGCUUUAGUGUCUCAGAACAUCGAGGUGAUUUUGAGCAGGAGGAGCUGCAUGCAGGCUGUGAUUAAGAUCAUCGAGGAAAAUAUUCCAGAGCUGGCAUGUCUCAACCUAAGCAAUAACAAACUGUACAAGUUGGACGAUCUGGCAGAGCUGGUGAACAAAGCACCCAACAUAAAGACACUCAACUUGUCCCAUAAUGAGCUAAAGUCAGAGAAGGAGCUGGACAGAGUGAAGGGUUUUAAGUUGACAGAGCUGUGGCUGGAUCGCAACCCUCUGUGUGAUCACUUCAAAGACCAGUCCACAUACAUCAGCGCUAUUCGUGAGCGAUUCCCCAGGCUCCUAAAACUGGAUGGCCAUGAUCUUCCUGCACCAAUAGGCUUUGAUGUUGAAACUGGCACUACAAUUCCUCCCUGUAAGGGCAGUCACUUUGGUUCAGACGAAAUCAAGGAAUUCAUCCUCCGUUUCUUGCAACAAUACUACAGCGUGUAUGACUCAGGAGACAGACAGCCUCUGCUGGACGCCUAUCAUGAAGGAGCCUGCUUCUCUCUCAGUCUUCCUUUCUCCAUGCACAAUCCUUCCAGGUCUAGUUUGGGAGACUAUCACAAAGACAGUCGCAAUAUUAAAAAAGUCAAAGAUCCUGCCACACGGUUCCGCUUGUUAAAGCACAAUCGACUUAAUGUAGUCGCCUUCCUAAAUGAACUCCCAAAGACUCAGCAUGACACAGCUUCUUUCAGUGUGGAUGUUAACACCUACACACAAAUGUUACUGGCAUUCACAGUGAGCGGAGUAUUUAAAGAAGUGGAUGGAAAGUCAAGAGACUCCGUUCGUGCGUUCUCUCGGGUCUUUAUCGCAGUUCCAGCCAUGAAUUCUGGGCUGUGUUUAGUCAACGAUGAGCUGUUUGUGAGGAAUGCCACUACUGAGGAGAUCCGCCGUGCGUUUGCUGCUCCAGCCCCCACCCCUUCCAGCAGCCCUGUGCCCACCCUUUCUGCCUCUCAGCUAGAGAUGCUCUCGGCAUUCUCCCAGAAAUCUGAGAUGAAUCUCGAGUGGUCUCAAAAGUGUCUGCAGCAUAGUGAAUGGGACUUCAGCCGAGCCGUGCAGAUCUUUACAGAACUCAAGGCUCAGGGCUCCAUACCAGAAGCCGCUUUCAUUAAAUGAAGAUGGAUCAACUUAGAUUUGUUUGUUUGUUUACCAAAUCCAAUUGCUGUGUGGAAAAAAAAUAAUCAGGAACUUGUUUUAUGUAAAUUUUUAUUGUUUUAUUUUCUGUUUCUUGACUUUGUAUUACACUUCAAGCUGUGCUGAGAGUUAGAAACACUAAAAGCACUUCUGUUAUUCUGUUACAGUUGCAUUGUAAUUGAUUUAUUCGAAGUGUUGCAACCCUUGUUUAAUAUUUUAAUUUCUGAUGUACCAGGAGUUCUCAAAAAUAAAAUUUAUAGUUAUCAUACA